CUCUUUAAUACAUCAAUCCUCAUCAGUCAGUUCACAAUAUUGCAGACCUACCACGUUUUCUGAUGAUAGAGACCACCACCAGAGCCCACAGGACAUUACAAUUGCAACAUGUCAGGAGCAUCGUCAUCUUUGUGGAUGGGAGAUCUGGAGCCUUAUAUGGAUGACUAUUUCAUAACUUCUGCAUUUGAACAAAUGGGAUCUACGAUCAAGUCUAUGAAAUUAAUCAAAAAUAAGGUUACAGGUCUUCCAGCCGGCUACUGUUUCAUCGACUUCCAUGAUGAAGAGAAGGCACAUGAUGCAAUGUUGAAGCUGAAUGGGAAAAUAAUCCCCAACAGUAACCCUCCUAAAAGAUUUAAGCUGAACACAUCCAGCCAUGGAAAGGAACACCUCGCAGUUCCCGAAUUUUCUCUUUUCAUUGGUGACCUGUCCACGGAUGUUGAUGACUACGUUUUAUAUUAUGCAUUUGCAAAGAAAUACAGAUCAUGUAGAUCAGCUAAAGUUGUACUAGAAAACAACGGCCGCAGUAAGGGGUACGGGUUUGUUCGCUUCUCCGAGGAAACAGACCAGCAGAGAGCACUGAUUGAAAUGCAGCAUAUGACAGAUAUUGGGACGAAGCCCAUUCGUGUGAGUCUGGCAACACCGAAAAGGCCCAUGCCCCAGGAUAUGACAGGAGGUAUUCCCUACAGCCCCUACUACGGACACAACUAUCCCUACAAUGCUGCGUACUACAACUACUACAACUCCAACACUUACUACAACAAUCAGGACUACACUUCUCGCCCGGGUGGACAUCAUGAGCAUGGCAUUGAGGAGGAUAUAGAUACUUUGGAAGAACCAGAAUUAGAAGUGGACAUCUUCAGGUAUAACAAAGACUACAUGGAACAGAGUGAGGAAAUCUUUGAGGCAAUAGAGUUAUCAAGAUGGACACCCUUGGAUAGCCUUGCAUCAAAAAUACCAAAUCACAUCGUCUGAUCACUCUUCAGUGUUUGUCAGACAUAAGUAAAAGUGGAGUGAAAGCUUAAGAUUGAAGAAAGAAUUUGAAAGUCGAUUUUAUGUUGGUGGAGUUGGUGGAUGUAUGUGUGAAAUAUCAUCAUCAUGAGAGACUCACUGAUCUUGAACUUUAAUGAAUAGGAAUAUGAGAAUUAUAACUUCAUUACUAAAACAGUUGCAGAUAUUGACUCUGAAUUGAUGUUAGCGUUUAGGACAAAUGGGCCUCUUGUUUUUGCUCUUAUCCUAAAAUAUUUCAAUGAAAAACCAAAAAAUAUAAGCAUUUCUCAUUUUCCAGGUAUACCCGAGGGUCAUAUAACAUGAAAUCAGGUUUUGAUGAUUAAAAAAAAUGAUAACUUGAUAGUUUAUAAUUAUAUGUGCAAUGUAUGACUUUUUUUUUUUUGAAUAAAGAUGAAAUGAAAUAUUUACUACC